GGCGUGUCUUAAGCCGGUGGACGGAAUCGCCCUCUGGCCCCUCCCUCCUCGCCGCCGAGAGAGAGCGAUCAUGGCGUCUGUAGCGGACACUCGGUUGUACGAGCUGCUCGGCGUGUCGCCUACCGCCAACGAAGGCGACCUCAAGAAGGCGUACAGAAAGCUCGCCAAAGAAUACCAUCCAGACAAGAAUCCUGAUGCUGGAGACAAGUUCAAGGAAAUCAGCUUCGCAUACGAGGUGCUCUCGAACCCGGAGAAGCGGGACCUGUACGACCGGCAUGGCGAGAAGGGACUGCGCGAGGGUGGCGGGGGCCCUGGCAUGGACGACAUUUUCUCGCACAUAUUCGGCGGCGGCCUCUUCGGCGGAUUCAUGGGGGGUGGCGGCGGCCGCGGGGGCCACCCGGGCGCGGGUCGCAGGAGGCGUGGGGAAGACAUGAUGCACCCGCUCAAGGUGUCCCUGGAGGAUCUCUACAAUGGGAAGACAACCAAACUCCAGCUGAGCAAAAACGUCAUCUGCAGCGGCUGCAGCGGCAAAGGCGGCAAGGCUGGUGCUGUGGAGGUCUGCUCCAGCUGCAAGGGCCGAGGGAUCCGCGUGAUGGUGCGGCAGCUGGCGCCCGGGAUGGUGCAGCAAAUGCAGACCAUGUGCCACGACUGCCACGGGGAGGGCCAGGUAAUAAAUGAACGCGACCGGUGCAAGGCGUGCGAGGGCAAGAAGGUGGUGAAGGAGGUGAAGAUCCUGGAGGUGCACGUGGACAAGGGCAUGCGGCACGGCCAGAAGAUCGCCUUCCGGGGCGAGGGUGACCAGGCGCCGGACCUGGAGCCUGGCGACAUCGUGCUGGUGCUGCAGGAGAAGGACCACGAGGUGUUCCAGAGAGACGGCAACGACCUGCACAUGAUGAAGAAGAUCGGUCUGGCGGAGGCGCUGUGCGGGGUGCGCUUCACGCUGGCGCACCUCGACGGGCGGCAGAUUCUCGUCACCUACCCCCCGGGGAACGUCAUCCAGCCAGGCUGCAUUCGUGGAAUCGUUGGGGAGGGAAUGCCCCACUACCGCAACCCUUUCGAGAAGGGAAACCUCUACAUAAAGUUUGACGUGGAGUUCCCCGACAAGAAUUGGAUCGAUGGCGAAAAACUGGAGCUCCUGGAGAAGCUGCUGCCCGAGCGGCCGACGCUGCCGCGCCCCACGAGUGGCGAGUUCGAGGAGGUGGACCUCCACGAGCUGGAGGCGACGCGCGGAGGGGCCGGAGGCGGCGCCGGGGGUCCCGGCGGUCGGCGGGAGGCUUACGAAGACGGCUCGGACGACGAGGGCGGCUACCAGCAGGGCCCCGGCGUGCAGUGCGCGCACCAGUGACGGGCCACGCGUGCGCGAGCCGUGGGCGGUUGCCCGCGUGCGUGCGUGCGUGCGCGCGCUUUGAUAAUUGUCACCCAUGUGCGCGCGUGAAUGCUUUGGCGCUCGUUGCCCCGCGCGUGUGUGUGUGUGUGUGCGCGGUUGCACACGUGCGCGUAGCUUUGUUGGUGCGUUCCUACUGCUAGGCCCAUGUGCAUUUUGUCGCUGGGGCCCACCGCAUUCUGUCGCGCAUGGACGUGGAGGCACGCGCAGGCACGCGCGCGUUUGAGCCGGGUUUGUUUGUUUUUGUCUCGUGUGAAGCUUUUUUUUCCCGUUUUGUCCGGACAAUGGCGCUCGGGGGAGCCCUCCUGACCGUGAAGCGUGCACGCACGCGCACGCAAGUGCGGUGGAGGUGAAAUAUCGAACCGCGCGUGUAGCUAUUCCUCCCCCACCCCCCCUCUUCACCACACACCCCCUUCCUCAAUAAGUCCACCUGCUUGUUAUUAAUUUUGUUAAAUCCCUAAAAGCAUCGUCGCAGCACAGUUUUCUCCGCAUUGUUUUGUUCGACUAGGCCAAUUCCCCUUUCGUUCGAUUCUGUGUGUGUGUGUGCGUGCGUGCGCACGCGUGUUUGUUGCAGUGAUGUGUACAGUGUUAAGGAGCCUUGCUUUACCAGCCCCCGCGGCUUGCACGAUUGGUAAACCAAGUUGGGUGCGUCACUCUCCAUGGGACGCCACCAAGACGCCCUUCACGACUCUCCCCCCCCCCCUCCCCCCAAAUUAUCCGCAAGCGACCGGUUCAGGUCUAUCAUCUUCAGAGAUGGGCUCAACGCGAGUACAUUCAACACCCGUCAUCUUGUGGCGGCAGUGUGUAUCCUUGCCUGUCUUGGGUGCAAAUUGUUUCUGUUUAGCCACGCCCGUUUUUUGCGUGUUUGUGUGUUGGACUUGUACGCGUUCAUUUGGCUCAACUGUGAUUUAGUUGUUCGCGCAGCCUCGUCGUUUGUAUACGUGCUGUGGGUUAAAGAUUAACGGACGAGCGGACGUGGGGAAAAAAAAACAAACCUCCCGUGUGCAGAAGAAGCGUUGAGAAAAGGUCGUUGGCGUCACUUUGCAGCUCACUGCGCCGUCGGUACGUUGAAAGGUCACCUGCCCCCCCCGCGGUUUGCGCGUGUGACGCGGCGUACGUUUGUCAGGCGGCGUGGAAACGUGAUCACUCUCUGGGUGUAGGGGUGGCGCGCGGGAGCAGCUUGUACAGACGUUUGACCAACGCCGAUCAAUUGGGGAGCACGCGUGAUGGAAGCGGAAACUAAAUUGUACAAAAUUUCAAGUGGAGGAGAUGCCGCGUUGCAUUCGCGGUUGUUUUGUUAGUCAUCGGUCAGCAACUUGUAAUUUAUCAUGCUUGCUUGGUCCCAUGGGGAUAGCAAAUAGUUUGCCUUCCUCUCGGCUGCUUACUAGUUUAUUGCUUUUGUCAUCGUGUAAUCGCAUGUUAAUUUAAUUAUUUCACUCAAAGUUGCAUAAGUGGUGUAAAAAUAAAACGUUGAGUAUAGGCAAGUGUGCUUUGGCGGUAACAAGACCCACACGUACAGUCGCGCGGCAAGCACCGGUGGGUUUAAAUAGUAGGCCAUGAACAUUACCCAUACCCCCCAAAGUGCGUGUAACCCUUAAUCAGUCCUAAUUUAUUACUGUCGUAUCUCAUCUAACAUGAAGAGGCAACGCUGCUUCGGGUCCUUCCCCCCCCUCCCCCCCCAGCAUUUUCUGCGCCAUAUUUUUUUGGAGUAUAACCGGUCAGCAAGUUGGCUUGGCGAACAGCUGUGCUUGCUAUCGCGCGCCAGCGCCCGGGAUGUUCUGUCCCAGCGAACGACGGAUCAUGAGGAAAACCUGACCAAUGUAUCCGGGCCUUGUGGUGUCGUUUGGGUUAGUGAUGUGUGAGAGUUUGACACUGAUGUGAUGACAAUGGUAUUGGUGGCAAGGGGCCUCCUCUGUCCUCUCCAACUUCCCCGUUUCUGUCGGCAAUGCUUUGCGUUUAACGUCUAAUCAUAAAUACAUUUUGUCGUGCCUAUUUAACACGCACGGUAUGCGUUUGGCUGCACGUCUAAGACGGACCCAUUUAAUUUCAUUUAGGGUGGAACCCUGUCAAAAUGAAAGCCCCACCCCCUCGUGAAUGUCACAACAGUGUCACAAUUAAAUUCUAGUUUCCUGCCACUAACCCAAAGGUUUAUUACCGUUGUAUCUCAUCUACAGUCAUUCAAGUCUGAUUGGCAGUUGCAAUAUUUUCAUGUAGUUCUCUAUUAAGUUUAUGCUAUAGUAUAUAUUGUUUGCCAUUCUUUCCCUGCCCAGGACGGUUCUCCAAAGUAAUGAGUGGUCACGGGAACUCCUAUUUUGACAGUGAAGCCUUGUAGCAUCGUGCGUGGUCUGUAUCCGAUUGAGCCCAAUUGUAUAUGCUACAUCGUGUCCAUGGUUUUCUUUUGUUCACACUGAUGGAAAACAAGAUGGUUUUUCUUUCUUUCUCAAUAAACACGUAACUGAACAUUACCCGUGACAA